CUCUGCGAGGUUGCGGCUGUGCCGGUUGUUUCAUGGACGCAAAGGGCGCGCCUUUACCCACGCCGCCGAGCCCUAACCCUAGCGGCAGCCGCGCCUCCGCCACCGUCGACGCGCCCAAGCCCAUGCUGGCGUUCCACUUCCUGCGCGCGCUCUCCCGCGUGCACGCCGGCCCGGCCAGGCGCCGCACGCGCACCAUCAGCCGCGCCGCAUACUCCUCCAUGGCGCGCGCCGCCGGGCCACGCCGGGCCUGGAGCCGCGCGCUGCUGCGCCAGGCCCAGGCGCGCAGAUCCACUACGCUGGCGUCCAGGCGGGCCGCCGUGCUCGUGCGGAGGCGCGUCGUCGCCGGCCCAGCGCCGCCGCUAGCGCUGCCGCGCCUCACCGGCAGGAGCAGCGGCAACACCAGCGGAGAGACGUCCGCGGCUCGGGCGGCGCUCCUCCCGCCUCCGCCUCCGGCGCCGAGGCAGGGCGGGGAGCCGGCUAGGAGCGACGCGCUGCGGCGGCUCGUCCCGGGCGGCGCCGGGAUGGAGUACUGCAGCCUGCUGGAGGAGACCGCCGACUACGUGCGCUGCCUCCGCGCGCAGGUGCAGCUCAUGCAGGGACUCGCCGACCUCUUCUCCUGCCAAUGAUCCAUCCAACCAUCGAGUAAUUCUAAAUUAUUCCCUUCUCCUUGCACUACACCAUCACCACAUGAUCGAUCGAUCGAUGCUUGCUCAGAUCAACCGAUCGAGCUCUUGUGUUCAUGGGACAAGAGAGGAUCGGUUGAUCUCGAAUUCUCGAUCUUGCAUGGUGUACGCGCGCGUGCUCGAUCAAGGCGGAGGAUUGGCAGGGGAGAAAUUAGGUGGAGGAGGAGAUUGGCCGAGUAUAUGAGCCGAGUUGGUAAGCUUAUUGCUAGUAGGUGAGCAAAUAUUGGGUAUAUGCAUUUGUAUAGCUUGGGUACACAUUGGAACCACACCAAGGAACACAUAGGAAGGUAAUUAAUUGUAACAUAUAAAGAGAAGAAUCGAUAUGGAGUUACAUAAUACUAGUGCAGUGUUGUUGAGUU